CUGGGUGAUUGUGCCUGAGUGCAACAAGGCCAUGAUCCCUUAUUCUGGGCAACUGUUUGUGGCUCUACUCUUCCAUGUUGUCAUCAGCACACAGCUGAUGCCACCAGAGGAGGUUGAUAACUUCUGGAGAGCAUGCCGGGAGGAACACCGCCUUCCCAGCAAGCCCAACAGGUUUGCAGUGCAGGCCAUGAAGGCUCUGCUCUGCCGACUGCGGUGUGACAAUGAGGUGAUGGCUAUGGAGCGCAAGGGUGGCUGGAAAAUGCUGCUGUGUGCUCGCACCCAGCACUAUGCCAUGGGUCUGCUGGCCAGGGAGAUGCGGCGUAUCUUUAUCCCCUUGUGUUCCCUCAUUGCAUUACAUCUACUCAAGUGGCUCCGCAGGGAGGAGCCGUGCUGGGAUCUGCCCUUCCUGGCAUUCCUUGUGGAGGUCCUCGAGUGCCUGGACACGACUAAAUGUGGUGAGAGCAUGCUGGAGAUUAUGUCAAGGCACCUGCAGAGCAAGUGCAGGGAGCGGCGUCGCCUGGCACUCAGAGGCCUCGUGGUGCUCAGCAAGGAUCCCUCGAUGGCCAGAAGAAUGUGCAGUCUGUCUCAAAACCUUGUGGAGCUGCUGGGGGAUGCACAUGGAUAUGUUGUCAGCAUGAGCCUCUCUGUGCUCACCAAUAUACUUGAGAACGAACACAUCCUGAUAUCCAGCACCACCGCCCCGAAGCUGGCUGAGGCACUCCUGCCACUCUUUGACCGUGACAACAUCCAUAUGCAGCUGGUCUCCCUAAACCUCUUCUUCAAGGUGAUGGACUUGGUAGUGAACAAGGGGAAAAAGCCCCUGAAGAGGAUUGUGAGGCAGAGCCUGCUGCCUCUCUUCUUUCAUUGCCAUGAUGAGAAUCAGCGUGUGGCAAAGGCCUCUCGGGAACUGCUACUUUGUGCAGCAAGGUUCCUGAAGAGAAGGAAGCUCAAGCGACUACUUGAGAGAGAGAAGAUGUUCAAGUUCGGCAAAUGCCUGCUGGCAGAGGACAGGAGCCGAGCGGCCGAGCACCUGCGCCGGGCCCUGCCCUACCUGCAGAGCCCACAGGAGCCCCUGCGAGAGGCGGCCGUCAGGUUCAUGGGGUCCGCAAGGGUACUCUUGAGGGGGCAGCAGGAAGAGCUCCAGGUCCUCAAUGAGGCCAUUCAAGCCCAGAGGAAAGGUACUACAUCCCACUGGAGCAGGAAUAUUCAUGCCCAGUUUACCAGCAGAGCUGAAGAAUUAAGUUCAUCUUCAGGAUCCAGUGAAUCAGAGUCCUAAGAACAGCACCAGAAGACACUGAGGAGGACACCAUCUCCCACUGCCACUGGAGCUCCAGGCACAGCUGACAUUUGGCACAGCUGAGCCUGUAGGACGCUGGUGUGGCUUCAGCCCUCACCCUGCCUGUAGAUAGCUCCCUCCCUCCAGCUCUCAGACCAUGUCCAUCCCCUUGUUUUCUCUUCCAGUUCAAACCUUUGUUUCCCCUUCCAUUAAUAAAUGGUUUUGCUUCUUCA